AAGUACGGCGCGUGUGAGUGUUGCCUAUGGUGUUGCCCUUCCUCCUACGUUCGGCGGGCAGAAAACGACGGAGAAGACGUAGAACGUCUCAGAAUGUGGGGGGUAGGUGCCGUUUGUUUCAUUGAAUCUAGCAGCAUGUUACACCUAGUCUAAUGCAAGAAAUAGUUUUUGUUUUUGUUUUUGUACCGAGACCCUAGCAAAAAACUACACUGCUCAACCGCUGCUCGGAACGGUGGAGAUGAAGCGAGCGAAGACGCCGAUAUGAAAUCGGGUCAGAUCUUUCGAAGUUCGGGAACCAAGAUUCAUCUUCGCCGGGGAGGGAACCGAUGAAGCAUGCUGCACCGGUGAAGAUACCCCGCUGCCUUCAUGAUACCUGCCUCGAGAAUCUCCAAGCAUGAUUGUCAUAGGGCCUGAAAGGAAGCAAGACAGCUUGUUCCAGUGCUGGGGCGUAAAACGGAUCCGUGUGGCUGUGACCGUCUUCAUCAUCUUCAAUGUCCUUGUGCUGUUGCUCAUUAACUCUGGCGGCCGCAAUGGCUCAUUGUCCUCCAGCUUCAAGUCAGAGCCUUGCGACAACUGCCACAUUGGCAGCCCAACAUAUCGGGACAUCAAAAAGGACAUCUUCCACCUUCCUCUACUCCAAGAUGUGGACAUGAGCCGUUACUAUUUUCCUCUCAAGACUGCUUGGUGCUAUACGAACGGCUCUUCUGUUAAGCAGUCUCAAGACGCUGAACACUGCGUCUGCAAACCAGAUUUCUUUGGUAAGGAUUGUGGCAUUCCACAAAUCAUCUGGAGCUCAAACUUCCUAGAAGAAGGCAAAAAGUUGGGCGUUUGGGUGAAACGGCGCAAGAGACCACGACGACUCAUCAACGUGAUCACCGUUACCAAUGCAUCACAGUUUGACUUCCUCAGGCUUCAGCUCGACUACCUGGGUGCUAUUGUGGAGUGUUUUGUCAUUGGCUAUGAGGGAAGUUCGGACCUGUUCAGCAGAAUCAAAGAGGAGUUUGGUAAGAGGCCCAUCUACUUCAGAAUCGUGUAUGUUGACCUAAAUGAUGCAAAGCCUGGUACAGCUAACGAAGUGCUCGCAGACAGUGUUUGGAAGAGGCUAUCAGACUUCCGCAUAGACGACCUCUUCAUUUGGAGCAACUUGACUGCGAUUCCCAUGCUAGAUGUGCUCAACUUUAUGAAGCUGUACGAUGGCUUUUCGGAACCAGUGAAGUUUUAUCUGCGACAGCUGGCUUACAGCUUCCUUUGGGAGCCCAAAUCUAGUGAUGCACCGAGCAACCUGACUCGUUCCUCAUUAUUUGUAUCAAGUUUUUCCAUGAAUAGCAUCCUGUGCCUCUACAACUGGAAGUGUGUCGCGUCUGCUGAGACUUCGCAAUUCCCAGCAUCUCUGCUUGAGAAGUUUAAAAAAAACAAUGGAUGGGCCAUCGAGCCCUGGACCCUUGGUAGCCGGGAGCUGCCCUCUGGUUGGGACUGUCAAGACUGCCUCGCGAUUGCUGACUCCUCAGCUCUGUUCUCAGAAAAGUUCAACAAUUACAGCAGCAACAGCUCUCUCAGUACUGAGCGACAGGCGGUUUUAAAAACGCUGCUAAAAGAACGCGGCUUUAAUCAUUCUAAUGUGCAGCUGAUAAAGCGCCAUCAGCCUGCAGAGAUUGCUCCAAAGUUGCUUCUGGACAAGCCUGGAUCUCUCUGGUACUUUGUUCCUUUUGCACUGGCUGAUGCUCAUAACUGGUGAGAGAGCAGUUGCUGAACAGCAGUGGUACUCUCCCCCUAUGUCUCUGUGCAGACAUAAGAAGGUGUCUGUCUCAGUCGCAUUAAAAAAAGAAAAAAAAAAACAACAAGGGACUCAAAAGUUUAGCUUUGGCAAGUAGCAAUAUUUGAAGGCACUAUCUGAUUGUGUCUCAAAGACAAGUGUGUGACAGGCACCGUUGUGUGCUCUUUUUUGUUGCGUUAAAGCCAGUUGUGAUAAUGCCUACUUUUUCUCCUGCAUCACUUUUCCAGAUGCUCAUGAGAAUGAUAAGAGGCAUCUAUGUGCUGUACCUGUGGGUGCCUUUUGACACAGUUUGACUUUGCAGCUUGUGUGGCAUUGGUGCCAGGGAUUUUCUUGGCAGACACAAGUGGGAGUUCACAUUUACUUCCCUUGCCUUGCAUUUCUAAGGAUGCAAUAACAUGUCCAUCCUUUCAUUAUGCCAACACCAAAUAUGAAAUAAUUGUUAUGAUGAUGUUUGAACCUUUAUAGAGCUUCUACCCUGCAACACCAAAAUACAGAGCCAUUAGUUAAGAACUAUGUAACGUUCGAGAUUGCUAAGUUUUGAAAAACAUGUGGGUGUUCACCUCUCCUCUUGCCUUGCAUUUCUAAGGAGGCGAUGGCAUGUCCAUCUUUUUUUAUCACUCCAGCACCAAGUAUGAAACAUUUAUUAGGAUGAUGUAUGAUCCUUUAGAGAUCUUCUACUUCGCAACACAAAACUCUUGGUUGAAAAGAAUUAUUUAGAGUUGGACAGCCUUGAACAAACAAUAGUUUCCUGUCCUCUUUACAAAACAGUUGCAUUAGCCUCAUUCACAAAAUGUUGGUCCAGAUUUGUUAGCUGUUAUACUGUGCUUAGCCUUGUUCAAAAUUUCCUGUUAGAUAUAUUUGUCAUUAAUACAGUGCAGUCCACUUAUAACGAUUUUUAUGUGAAACUUGCAAUAUUGAACAGUUAUGCUUGCUUUGUUGACAGUUGUGUUUUCGUAUAUUUCUCCCAUCUGUGAUGGUAAGAGAUGUACUGAGUCCUAGCUUGUAUCAAAGAUAUUUUGCAGCGCUCUUUUGCAAUCCCAGCGAGCAGCUCUAAAUAAUUUUUUUUGAGUUUCGUUGAUUGCUUUUUGCACUAUGUCUACCCAUGUUUUGAUUUUUGCAGUGUGCUUUCCGAUUGUGGUGUUUUGUGACCGAGCCGCGUAUGACAGGGUGUAUUCCUUCUCUAUGCACAUUGCUAAGAGCUCCUGCCACUGUUAUGUUUGGUCAGAGUUUUAUGAAGCCUGUGAUAGCAGUUUAUCUUGUUUCAAGCUCUGUUGGAGGAAUAACUAUUUAUGAUCACCUUCUCCAAGAAUUCUUUUCUUUGAGAUUCGGCUUUUUUUCCCCCCUCUGCCACCUCAUACCUAGCCAAUUUGCCAAUGACGAAUACAAACCAGUUGAACGUUCCCACAGGUGAUAUGAGUGCAGAAUUGAGCAGAUUGUUUGAUAGUGCUUUAGGGUGACACUGAAGAUGCCGGUGUUUGUUAAAACUGAAUGUAUCUGCAUUUCAUACGUCUUCCAUGACCCUGUCUUCCCUUGCCUCCUUCUAAUGGACCAUCUGAUACACAAAUGUGUUCAGCGGGGCAAAGAAUGUCCCAGCCCUGCUUUGUCGAGCCUUCUGUUUGUGAAGCACAUUUCCCGCCAGCUUUGCGCAGAGGUCCAGUCUGGUACAUCCCGGACGUUUCUCAUUUCCACGGUUGCCCGCCCAUUGAUUUUCUUUCAAUAAAAAUGUUUGUUGCUGCCAAAAUAUAAAAUUCAUUAUUAAUCAUUGAUAUUUCACCGUAAUAUCAGCGCUUCUGAAAUGCAAGCAGUGAAAGAUAUGUUUCAUGUUCUGCUUACACGUGUAGCUUAGUUGCUGUUGCUCUUGAUUGUAGCUCGUUCCAUCCAUACAAGGACCAAGUGUCAACAUUGUUCCUACCGUUUCUUUUUUUCUUCUCCCCCUAUUUGCGGUACGGAAAAGCGAAGUGAAAUGUAUAGAUUGAUGUUCAAAAAGCAAAAAGGUUCUCAAAUAUUAGAUAUAUAGAUAUUCUGCA